AUGGACGUGCACGUGUUCUUUCUGUGGUUAAUAUGGCAUUUUCAAGGUUUUGAUGUUGCGGCUUUUAACCUGGACACUGAGAAAGUUCUACAGAAAACUGGGGAUCCAGGGAGCCUGUUUGGAUUUUCAGUUUCCUUCCAUCAGCAGCUGAGCCCAGCCAGAAAGAACCUUUUACUUGUUGGUGCGCCACGUGCUAAACAUGAAAACCAAGUCAACGUCACAGGCGUGGUUUACCAGUGUGACCUGAGUGAAGCAUCUCAGCACUGUCAGCCCAUUGAGUUUCAGAGUAAAGAGUUCCUCCAUAGCAAAGGCAUAAACAACCAAUGGAUGGGAGUCAGAGUCAUAAGUCAGGGUCCAGGAAAGAAUGUGAUGGCUUGUGCCCACCGUUACCGGCUGUGGAUCCCGAGCCAAAGCACCACCCACCUCCUGACAGGCCAGUGCUUCCUCCUGAAGGACGACCUGCAGACUGGGGAUGAAGAGCGGACAUGGCAGAGGGUCGUUUGUGAUGACGAACACCUCACAAGGCGCCAGAAGGACCACGAGUGGUUUGCGUACUGCCAGCAAGGUCACGGGGCUGCUUUUGCCAAGGAUAACAAGACCCUGAUAUUUGGAGCACCAGGCGCCUAUCAGUGGAAAGGAAUCGUCCGAAUGGAGGUGUUGGACAACUUGGACAUUGACAGCGAGGAGGCUCGCGAGACCGGAGAUAUCGACCAGUUCAACCCGAAACUCAUCCCUCUGCAAAUGAGCAGCUACCUGGGAUUCUCCGUUGACUCCUCAACGGCGCUCGUCCGUCAGGGCGAGCUGACCAUCGUGUCAGGAGCACCGCGGGGGGGCUACAGCGGCCAGGUGGUCUUCAUGAAGCCAGACGCUACGGCAAAGAGAAAUUUGGCCAUAGAGCUGGUCCUGUCCGAGCCGGGCCUCGCCUCCUCCUUUGGCUACGACGUGGCGGUGGUGGAUCUCAACGGCGAUGGGUGGGACGACCUCGCUGUUGGAGCGCCACAGUUUUUCAAGAAAGAUGGAGCGGUCGGAGGCGCAGUUUAUAUUUAUGUCAACAAGAAUGGGAAGAACUGGGAGAAGAUCGUUCCAACUCAGCUUGUUGGGCAGAAAGAGUCCAUGUUUGGACUCGCAGUGGAAAACAUAGGAGACGUCAAUCAAGACGGCUUCGGAGAUAUUGCAGUCGGAGCACCGUAUGAUGGGUCUGGGCGGGUCUAUCUUUACUACGGCUCAUCAAGCGGUAUCAACAAAAACCCAGCUCAGGUGCUGUCAAACAGAUCAAAGAAGGUGAAACUGUUUGGAUAUUCUCUGACUGGAAACCUGGACAUUGAUGACAAUCAGUACCCAGAUCUGGCUGUCGGGUCUCUCUCAGACUCAGUUUUUGUUUUCAGAGCGAGGCCAGUUAUCAACGUUAGAACUUCUCUGGAGAUCACACCGAACAGAAUAAACACCGUAAAGCAACGAUGCCACGAGGGAACAUGUUCUUUUGCAGGUAAAGCAUGCCUUACUUAUUCUGCCCGGCCUGCAUCGUUUAACACCAGGCUGAGGUUCAAUUACACUUUCGAGGCUGAUUCUGGGAGGACAAAAUCCAGAGCUCGAGUCAAAUUUGACGGAGCAUCUCAAGGAAAACUGGAGCUGCCAGCUCAGGGGAAAGAAGUCUGUAAGGACAUCAAGUUCCAGCUUCUGAGGGAUAUUGAGGACAAGCUGCGCAGCAUCCCUGUCUCCAUCACUGUGUCUCUGAUCUCCAGUCAGAGGAGCAGCAGCACUGCCGUUACGCCCAUCCUCAACUUCUACCAGCAGAAAAGCACCGUGUCAGAGAUUGUUUUGGUAAACGACGGCUGUGGCAGCGACAAUGUCUGUCAGAGUAACCUCCAGCUGAAGUACAGGUUCUGUUCCAAAAAAACAGUAAACGGUCACGACGAUUUCAGAUCACUAACCAGGGAGGACGGCGUGGCAGUUAUCACUCCGUCCGAGGAAGACAUCGCUUUGGAGAUCACUGUGACGAACACGGAUGGAGACGACGCUCACCAGAGCCACUCGCUGGUGACGCUGCCGGAAACGCUGCGUUACACUUCGGUAGCGCUCAGCAGAACGGCGCUGGGCUGUACAGCCAACGACAAAGGGAAUCUGAUCGACUGUGAUCUGGGAAACCCUCUCAGAAGAGAUGCCGAGGUUACGUUUUACAUCAUACUCUCCACUUCUGGAAUCUCACUGAGCACAAAGCAUGUCAACGUCACCAUACAGCUGGAAACAACAAGCGAUCAGACCAUACAGCCAGUCGAGGCCUUCGCUAGAGUGGUUUUUGAGUUGGAGCUGCAGGUUUACGGGCGUGCUGUGCCUUCUCAAGUGUCACUUGGUGAAAGUGUCAUCGGAGAAAGCGCCGUGAAGUCGGUGGAUGAAAUAGGAACCUCAGUUCGAUAUGAGUUCAGGAUAACAAAUUUGGGCAGACCACUGAAAUAUUUCGCCAACGCAUCGUUGAACAUGUUGUGGCCGAAGGAGAGCUCUGUGGGAAAGUGGCUUCUGUAUUUGACUCACAGCAGCAGUAAAGGCAUCCAGUCGGUCCCCUGCUCUCCUGCCGGCGAGUUCAACCCGCUGAAAGAUGUGAAGGGCUGGCACGCUGUGCGGAGGAGACGACGAGAGGCUGAACUCGAAGCCCUCUCCACAGACGUGUUCCUUCCAGUGGAAAGAAAAUACAAAUCGCUGACGUGUUCGGACGGCCUGGGCUGUGUGGAGAUCCGCUGCCCGCUGCUCGGUCUGGACAGCGCCGCCCUGCUGGUGCUGCACGCACGUCUGUGGAACUCGACUCUGUCGGAGGAUUACAGCCAUCUGAACUAUCUUGACAUUGUUGUGGACGCCACUCUGAAUCUGACUGACUCUCCAAAGAAUAUCGGAUUCAAAUCAAAUAAUCCAGGAACAAAGGUGAAACUGACAGUGUUCUUUGAAAGAAAAGUUGAGUUGUUGACCAAAGUAGCGUGGUGGAUCAUCUUCCUGACCGUCCUCGCUCUGCUGCUGAUGCUGGUCGUGCUGGCUGUCCUGCUGUGGAAGCGCGGCUGCUUCCAUCACUUCAGCCCGAACAAGAAGCCCCAGCUCAAAGAAACGGUUCCUCUUAAAGGGUGA